GCGGGGGGCCGGCGGCCGUGAGGGAGCGCGGGCGGGCGGCGGGCGCCAUGUCGCCGGUGUGGUCGCUGGGCGCGGGGCUGCUGCUGCUGCUGCUGUGGGUGCGGCACCGCGGGCUGGAGGCCGUGCUGGUGCACCACCGCUGGAUCUUCGUCUGCCUCUUCCUCCUCCCGCUCUCCAUCCUCUUCGACAUCUACUACCAGCUGCGCGCCUGGGCCGUCUGGCGCCUCCACAGCGCGCCGCGGCAGCACGCGCAGCGCGUCCGGCACAUCCAGGCGCAGGUUCGGGAGUGGAAAAAUGAAGGCAGCAAAAGAUAUAUGUGCACCGGCCGGCCCGGCUGGCUGACUGUAUCACUGCGUGUUGGGAAGUAUAAGAAGAUCCAUAAGAACAUCAUGAUCAACUUAAUGGAUGUUCUGGAAGUGGACAGUGAAAGACAGGUUGUUCGUGUGGAGCCUUUGGUGACCAUGGGCCAGCUGACUGCACACCUCAAUCCCAUGGGCUGGACUAUUCCCGUGGUACCGGAGCUCGAUGAUCUCACCGUAGGUGGCCUAAUCAUGGGAACUGGCAUUGAGUCUUCAUCCCAUAUCUAUGGACUUUUUCAGCACACCUGUGUGGCCUAUGAACUUGUUCUUGCUGAUGGAAGCCUUGUGAGAUGUUCCCCAACUGAAAACUCAGACCUAUUUUAUGCAGUGCCUUGGUCUUGUGGUACUCUGGGUUUCCUGGUUGCAGCAGAAAUAAAAAUGAUUCCUGCCAAGAAAUAUGUCAAAAUACAUUAUGAGCCCGUGAGAGGACUGCAGAAGAUAUGUGAGAAGUUCACUGAAGAAUCUAAGAAAAAGGAGAAUAGUUUUGUGGAAGGACUUGUGUAUUCUUUGGAUGAAGCAGUCAUCAUGACAGGCGUCUUGACUGAUGAAGCUGAGCAAAGCAAGAUAAACAGAAUUGGCAACUACUACAAGCCCUGGUUCUUUAAGCAUGUGGAGAAGUAUUUGAAAGCUGACAGGACUGGAACAGAAUACAUUCCCUCGAGACACUAUUACCAUAGACAUACACGCAGUAUCUUCUGGGAAUUACAAGACAUCAUUCCAUUUGGCAAUAACCCCGUUUUCCGUUACCUCUUUGGCUGGAUGGUUCCUCCAAAAAUCUCUUUGUUAAAGCUCACCCAAGGAGAAGCUAUUCGAAAGCUGUACGAGCAACACCAUGUUGUCCAGGACAUGCUGGUUCCAAUGAAGAGCCUUGAAAAAUCUAUCCAAACCUUCCAUGUUGACCUUAAUGUGUACCCUCUUUGGUUAUGUCCUUUCAUCUUGCCCAAUAAUCCUGGUAUGGUCCACCCAAAAGGGGAUGAAGCAGAACUCUACGUGGAUAUAGGAGCUUAUGGAGAGCCCAAGAGGAAACAGUUUGAAGCCAGGGCUUCAAUGAGACAAAUGGAGAAGUUUGUAAGGAGUGUGCAUGGUUUCCAGAUGCUGUAUGCAGAUUGCUAUAUGACCCGUGAGGAGUUCUGGGAUAUGUUUGAUGGCUCAUUAUACCACAAGCUGAGGGAGCAAAUGAAUUGCAAGGAUGCUUUUCCAGAAGUGUAUGACAAAAUCUGCAAAGCUGCAAGGCACUGAGCCUGGAUGAUCUAGUCAAGCAAUCAGGGAAAGAUGGAUUUACCUAUAUAGAUAGUCAGUAUUUCCUUUAAAAAAGAAAAAAACAAGCUUUAUUGCUCUCCAAAUAAGCUCAUUCUUGUUGAUGUUACAAGGUAUGAAUUCCUGCUUUAUACAUUUUACGUUGAGUAUUUCUUCCUAUGUUUUCAAACCUGUUUUCCAAACUCAAAAGUGAUUGUUUUUAAGGAAUCUGAAGUGCUAGCCUUUGCAUCUAAUGUAGUAACAUGGGUGAGUUCACCUGUCUCCAAGCAUAAGAAAAAUAAUGGGAAAGGAUGGAGAACCUGGAGUUACACCAGCUGUUCUGUAGCUAUAUUUAAUGUGACUUUUGAAGAUGGUAGGGAGAGCUCAGAAAUAGGUGCCAAAGCUAAAUGUGUUGUCAAAUUGAUCACGAUGUUAAAAAACAUUUGCCUCCAGUUGGUAACCUGAGGGACGUGGUGCCGUGACCUUCUGGCUGUGGCACGCUGCUUGGGUUCGGGUGGUGCUGUGCUUCUUGCUGCUCCCAGCCCUGACCUCCACAGAGCUGGGCAGCUCCCCAACAGUGGCUUCAGUUUCAAAGCUGAGCAUUGAGGUGUGAAGAAAAUGCUUUUUACUUGUGCCUAUCAGGUGUGUAUUGAUUUUGAUGACAAAGUGUAAGUGAGUGUAGGGUUUAGGUACUUUGUGAUUGGCUGACAGUGCAUUGGGGUUUUGCCCUAAGAUACCAGUGUUCAUACAGCGCUGAAAAAUUUGCUGCUGUUUCCUGUAGCCAAGUUUUUGUUUCCGUUUUUACUGGAUGUGGGUCAGUUUAUUUGGGUUUUGAGAUUGUGGGUUUUUUCCUGGGGGGAGGGGAGUUGGUCGUUGCUUAAUUUUAGUGCCUUAUGAAAACCCAGUUGGAGGAAGAGGUGGGUUAUUCCAGAGUGUUCUGUCCUGGCUGGUAGGAAAAGGAAGUGAAGGCUGUGUUUACACAAGAUAUGUUAGAGCAAGUGGCUCUGGCUAAGAACUCUUGCUAUGUAUCUUGAUGCAGACAGGCUUUGAUUCUGACUCCAGGGACAUUUUUGCUUUUGGUUGUAGCUGGAUGAGGUGGAUAGGCUUUGUAAAAGGACUGUUUCAGCCACCUGGAGAGGAAAUGGACAGCGAGUGCUGUUCAGUUCCCCUCUGCUGGGAGAAGGGCACAGUCCAGUGCUUCCUACAGUCAGACCGGGAACUGUGGAAACCUUUUGACACUGUAGCCAGACACACAGUUCCAAACCACCGCCCUGUCUCGCCCAGACAGUACUUAACAUUGUUACUUGAAACCUUACUGAGCUUGGGGUAAAAAAAGGUCAUUUUCUCAAGGCUUCUGUCAGGGGGCAACACAAAGAACUUUGUAACAGCGGGGAGAGGCAUUGUCAUUUCUAUGUGAGCGCUAAACCAAUGAUUUUAUUUAUUGAUGGAUGUAAAUGGUCCAGAUGAAACCAAUGACAAAGCAGUAAGCAGACUAAGCUUGGCCUGUUACUCAGUGAUACAUGCUGGGCAAAUUGUGUGCAAAUAAGGUGCCCCACAAAGCCCAUUUUGGGGGCCUGGUAGCAGGAGCAGCCUGCCCAGGGGAGAGCAGCCCGUGCAGAGAGCCUGCAGUGCUGCCUGGGGCCUGGACUGGGGCUGUCAGUGAUCCAGGGGUGGCUGCCUACCCUGCCAGGCUGCAGGGACACAGGAGGGCAGGCCCUGGCUCUGGGAGUCUGAGCCCUUCCCUUCUCCCUGGGGCAAAGCUACGAUUCAGCCCACUGCUUGUGAAAUGAUCUGCACUGAGCAAGAGUGGGUUUGGUUAGCUGCUAAAGGGCAGUGAGGAUGUGCAAACACUUUUACUUAGGUUGUGUUUCUCUCACUUAUGUGCUGAAGAUCUUUAGGUAUGCACUGUAUUUGGAGUUUUUUUUCCACUCCUUAAUUUAUUGGCAAACUUUAUCUGGCAUGAUGGAGUACUGUAACUGUAUCAGUCACACACAUGCACACACAUCAUUGCUGUUGCUCUUAAUUUUGGGUUGUACAGGCUAUUCCAAAUAAAGAUCUAGCCAGCGUGCUGUUCCAA